GCGACAGCACAGAAAGAGGAUGAUGCUGUUAUGUAAAAAAAGCGUCAAAAAGUGUUUUGCGUUCGUGGGGUACAGUGGUAACAGCGUGAUAGUUUUCUAAUUUUUUACAGAUUUCAAGUCGUGCGGCACUGCAGUCAAAGUGGUAUCGGUAACGAAUCUGCUUAGCAGUUUAACUAUGCGACCAGCAGGAUUUGCGCAACUGUAUUGAAUGUUUGCAUUGACAUAUCCAGCUAGCUACGUUAGAUAUGUUGUCUACCUGCGGUUAUCACUCAUGAUUCAUCAUCUAUAUAAUUAUAGCAGUGAGUGGAUCUUUUUAAAAUCGUACUGGUAAAUACAGAUGUAUACACUGCAGACACAAUGAGCGAGAGAUAUUGAGCAAGCUACUGUUUUUUCGUAGCUAAUUUUGGGAAUAAUUUCACUUCGUGUAGCGGGGGCGAAGAAGAAACCAACCGGGUUUGGCGAUUGUGACACUCACGAAAUGCUGUAGAGGACAACAACAAGAACCGACUAACCACAUCUGAGAACUGGCCUGGGCUAGUAUCACCCGCCGUGAGAUCAGAGGCUGCGAAUCGAAAGGAAAGUGUUCGUCUGUAUAUCCGAGCUCCAACAGGGCUCAGUGUGGAAGUAUGUGAUGACACACGCGCAAAUCAAAGAUUCCCUACGCCGGUACCCGAGUGAGAGGGCGGAGCGGGUCGGGGACAGGACGCAUGGUGAGACAAUGGGCCGAGCCUGGCCUGAGUGCCCCCUGCGAGACGGCAGCACCAAGCAGCGCAUGGCCAAGAGACGCCGGGCUAAGGAAGUCAAGGACCUGAGCUCGGAGCGGGACAGGAAGCUGUACCCGCUCAGGGGAAGGGUGGGCAUGGGCGACGUGGGCACGCGCAGCUGCAGGGUGCUGCUCACCCGGCUGGAGGAGAGCGGGGUGCAGAGCCCGGGCCAGGACGGCCCCGAGGGCCCCGCCGCCGGCCCGGAGAAGCAGAGCGCGCGGGCGGGGCGGGAGGGGAGAGCGCCCCACAGCUGCGGCAAGAAGUCCUGCAGGACCUGCCGCGCGCCGCCGGAACCAAAAACGAAACCAAAAGCGGAAAAGCACGCGCAUCCGCCCGCUCAGGAGCCGCGCAAGCGGAGGCUGGCCUCUCUGAACGCCGAGGCCGUCAACAGCCUGCUGCUGGAGAGAGAGGAUCCGCUGCAGACGGCCAGACUCGCCAAGAAGCAGCAGCAGCAGCAGCAGCAGCGGCUGAACGGGGAGCGCGCCUCUCCCAAGGACCCGCCCGGGACCGCGACCGCGCCCCGAAAAGGCCCGGAGGUUCAGAAGGCGGACCUGGGGCGGAAGCCCAAACGGCAGAAGAAGGCCAAGCCGGAGGGCCGAGGCGCAGAGCAGCUCAGCCUGGACAGUCCCGCCCCCCGGCGCCUGGCAGGACUGAACGCCGCCGCCCUGCUCAAGCUCACCAGCGCCUCCUCUGGCGCCAAGAGGCGCCUCAAGGCCGACUGCAAGGAAGCGUGCGGGGCAGCGGCGGCGGUGCGGGGGAAGCAGCCGCACCCAAAGUCGCGGAAACAGCAGCACAGGCCGCACGGGAGCCAGCAGGCCGCGCCCAAGGGCGGCUGCACCGCGUGCAAGAAGGAAGCCCUGCACCCCGAGGUGGAGUGGGAGGGAACCGCGGGGGGCCACGGCUUCCACAAAUCAGGGUAUUUGUGUCGAACCAUACUGGGCUACCCCCUUAAGCCCGUCAAAGAGGAGCAGACGGAGACAGAGGUGAAUCCUUUCUACUGCUGUGGCCAGGACGGGGCGGUGGAGUACUGCCACGGGGGACUGGCCCUGUUCCUGGGCCGGCAGGCCUACAGCGAGCUGGAGGACCACGCCCCGUCUUCUCUCAAGCAGGAGUUCCCCCCGCCCCCCCAUUCCCUGGCCCACCCCACCCUGGCCAUUGGUACGCACCCGUACCCCUGCUUCCCUGGCUACUACGUACACAUCUCCCACCACGGCGCCUCGUCUCCCCCACUGAGCGCCGGCCCGGUCCCCUACCCCCCCAGCACCAUGCCCCCCAUCACCCUGUGCUCCGGCAGGGUCCCCAGCUCCAAGCUGAUGGCCCCCGCGGUCUCGCACCCCUCAGGAAUCCCAAACCCGGCCUUCUGCGGCUCAGUGGGGUCGCCCUGCUUCGGGGAGGCCUGCAGAGUCAGCAGCUAUGCCUACAGAGCCAUGCAGCCACUGGCCAGCAGGAGGUGCUCUUUCAGCACAGCCUGCUCUGGCUGCACCCACAAAAUCAAAACCGAGGAGUUCCCCUCUUCCCUGGAGGACCGGAGCCCCUCCAUCCCGGUGUGGCCCGCCCUGCCCCUCUCCAGCUGCCCCGUGCCCAGCGUGCCUCCGGCGGCCCUGCAGACGCUCCUGUCGGACCCCAGCCAGCCCCAGGCGCAGCUCCGCGUGGCGCGCGAGUGCCCCCAGAGCGCCAAGCCCCCCAGCGGCUCGCGCUCCGGCGUGCGAAACUCCACGGGCUGCCCCCACGCCGGGCAUGGCAGCAACACGGGCAAGCAGCAGAGGAUCUCGCGCCGCCGCGCCACCAACGGCUGGCUGCCCGUCGGCGUGCCCACCGAGAAGGAGGUCUUCAUCGUGGGGGAGGAGGAGACGGCCUUACGCAGGUGUUAUGAGGGGGUUCAGAGAGAUGGAGAGGUGAUCCGGGUUCGAGAUACUGUCCUGCUGCGCUCUGGCCCCAGGAAAAAGUCGCUGCCCUAUGUGGCCAAAAUAUCUGCCCUGUGGGAGGACCCAGAAACAGGAGAGAUGAUGAUGAGCUUGUUCUGGUACUACCGACCUGAACACACACAGGGAGGCCGCAAUCCCAGUAUGCACUGUGAGAAUGAGAUUUUUGCAUCUCGACAUCAGGAUGAGAACAGUGUGGCAUGUAUCGAAGACAAGUGCUACGUGUUGACAUUAGCACAGUACUGUAGAUUUUGUGCCUUGGUGAAGCGCCGUGGGGAGGGUCUACCUGAAAGUGCCCCGGUGGUGCCGCCCUCUCCAGAGUACGCCGUCCCGGCGCACCGGCGUGUGCCUGCCAACAUCGACCCCGACCUGGUGUUCCUCUGCCGCCACGUUUACGACUUCCGCUACGGCCGCAUCCUGAAGAACCUGCAGUAGGGCUCCCAGGCCAGGGGCACCAUGGGAAAAAAACCGCACACCAGAGAGGGGACCCGGCAAAGGAACACCAAUCAAUUUAUUGAACAAAAACGAGCCAGCAGGCAGGUGCCAAAUUUGGUGCAGGCGCUUUUGAUGGGGGAUCUGAGAUCAGUAAAUGCUUGCCCCAAGUAACUGUCUGAGGUGUGGACAGGGCACUUAAUGUUGGUGGGGGAGGGGGGUUCUCACUCAGAGAUAUGGCUGCCAUGGCCUCACUGACCCCAGAGAAGGGUGGACAGAUGCACAACAUAUCAAUGAUAUGACAUAAGAAUAACAAGAGAGAGACCGUUUUACCAACACAAAAAUCCCAUGAUAACGCAACUGUUUAAUGAUUUUAUUAUAUUUUCUUUUUUUUUUAAUCUUCGCUGAAGGUGACCAUGAGUGUGUUCCUGUGUUUAUACAGUAAUGUAUAGUAGCUGGUAGUUUCAAUCAAGAGCAGUUAUUCCACAAUCAGGUGCAAUAAGGGUGAUUUGAAACAGAAAUGGAAACCUCGCCCUCUCUCGAGGUAUAAAACCACCCUUAUUGGCCCAAGUGUAUAAAGGUGAUAUUUUCACUUCUCUGUGGAGACUUGAGAAGCAGAAGAAGGUUGUUUAUUUUUUUAAAAGUUCACUAUGAACUCUUUAAGCCUGAAGUAUAAGAAUAUCCUAUUGUGAGGAAACGGUUUUGUCAUGAACAGAAUUGAUGUUUCUUCAUCACCCAGGUGAUGGUCAGCACUGGUCCACUGUCUCCAUAGUAACAGUGAAAGGACAUAAAGAAGAUGGCCAUUAACUUAAAAUGGGAGGACCAAGUAUCCCAGGGUCUUCUGGGUUACCCCCACUGGUGGGUGCCCUCCCCCCCACUUCACGGCUGUGAAUUGACCAAUGAGAGGGAGGCGUUAAUAUCAACGCUCAACCCCACUGUUACCCGUGACUUGCCUUAUGCCUUGCUGGUAGAGAUUUAGGCUCCACCCUACCCUUAAGCCCCACGUACCCAAAUCCCCACCUCAAGAUUAAACCAAAGGAUGUCACCAAUCAGAGCCCUGAUCCUAACACAACACCCACUCCCCUCACACAGCUCCUUGCCUCUGCCACCAGCCCCUCCCUCUCCAUUGUUAGUUUGCACUAAUUAAUUUGAUGUUUUAUUAGAGAGAUUUUAUGAUUGUGUUUUAGGCUUUACCCGCACUAAUAUUAUACGGGAGAAAUACUGUGUAUUUAUGUUUGUUUACUUACAAAAAAGAAGGAACCCAAGGCUGUCAUCACAUACGGGGUUAUGGGAAGAUCCCACAUCUGCUCUUACACACACGCACACGCGCGCACGCACACACGCACACUCGCACUCACAGACAAAGAUAAACAUGACAUUGUUCUGUGUGGUGCCUCGUAUCAUAAGAGCUGUCCUUUAUGCUCCUCCUGCUGUGGAAUGCAAGGCCCAUUCCGGCACUGGAAGACCCCAGACACAGACAGCACGUGAUUCACACGCAGUCGCUUCUGUAGUAGACCUGCUGUGCCUUUCUGUAGCAGGUCUGGGAGCUUUGUGGAUUCUCCUUCAUGUCUUUUUUAAGACAGCUUUGUCUUUCGCCAGAUCUGGCUUCAGAGGGUGCAUUUUCAAUUCUCUUCUUUUUCCUUUCACUUGGAAAGAGUCUCAGCAAAUGUCAUUCCUAUAACUGCAAAUGCAUUGCUUUGUUUUUGCCUUUUUCUCUUUUGGGAAGGAAUUGUGCUGGUGUCAGAAGUUCUGUUACAAAGACCAUAGGGAGACAUGGUUGAAUUUUUAAGCACUAAUGUCUAAUUGCAGGCUUUCCCAGAAGUCUUAUACAAGUGUACAAAGAACUAUGACGCUUAUAAUCCAUCCUCUCUUGCUGUCUCUCCUCUGAAUUCCUGCAGAGGCUCAACCACCUUCUGAAAUGAACUUUGGAAAAGUACAGUACUGAUCACCAAAUAACAUGUCUCUCUUCAGAAUUGCUCCUGGUAUGAGGAAAGACAAAGCAACAGAAAUCAAAGUUUAAAUUCUUUUGGUCACAGUGUUUUGUUUGUUUGUUUUUUUUUUUCAUAUACCGUCGGGUGGGAUUUUCACCAUGACUCCAUGCGUAUAUUGUGCAGAUUUAUAAACCAUUUUUAUAUUUUUCUCUUCGGCAUAUACUAAUUAUUCCCAGAAAAACAGUACCACCUCAUACCAUAAGAUAAACGUCACACUGACACUACACCUGCAAGUCUUAAUACAACCAGAAAAAGUGUGAUUGAGGCCAUUUUUUGAGAAUCAACUUACCUAAAGUCAGGUUCCUUGCAAUAUUUGCUCAAGGCCUGUACUUGUUAUUUAAACAGAUAUUUGGACAGAUACUGACUCCAGAGGAGUGCUUAGUAAACCCUGGCUGCAAUGAAAUGCUUCCAGAGGAAAUCUCACGCAGUAAGGUCCCGAUCUGUUUUUGCUGAAAUGCCACCAUUUUCAAAUGACCAUCACCAUUUGUCUCACACAUAGACUAAUCUGAUUACUUGCUCACUUUGAGGUGUUCAACUACAAUGCCACCCUGAGCGGCUGGCACAAGAUGGCACAUGCAGUAACUGGCUGUGUAAGCAUGAAAAUCGCACUGCGCUGUAUAAAACUACACUUACUCUGUCUGCUACUCCACCGUUCUUUAGCGCAAUGUGGCUGCAUCCUCAUUAGCCAACAGAAUUUCCUACCCACACUGCGUAGCUCUUUCCUAAGGGUCUGGUGCUUUCCAAAACAGAGAAUACAGGGUUUUUUUCAGACUUGCUGGUGGUUUAAAGUGGCACCUGCCAUUGCUGGCUGCAUGAAAGAUGGUGAAAACCUGGCCCACUACACUGAAGGAAAUGUAUGAUGAUUCUAACUGCUGUUGAUUAAAUGCAGAAUGUCUCUGUGCCCAGGUAGAUAUUGUCAUAAUAGUGAAUAAUUCAGCAUUAUCCAUUUUAUUUGAAAUGUAUUGUUGAAAUGUUCUGAAUAGUGAUGAUUUCUGAUCACCUUGAUACCAAUUGUAAGCAGAAAGUACUGGUCAGACCUUGAUGUACCAAAAAGAGGAAGAAAGGAGUAUAAGAUUGAAUACAGUAGGAACCACACUCUUGAAUUCCAAGUUCUUCUGAUUAUUUGUAUAUAUCUCAUCUCUGAGUACCGGGCAUUCUUGGAAAUAAGAAGACAGUUAUAGCACAGCGCGUUUGUAUUAUUUAAGACAGACCUGUGUAUUAUAAGAAAAAUCUUUAAAUGGAAUAAAUAAUAUAUGAGUUUCAAUUAAA